ACAAUUCCUCUUAGGGAGGUUGGUGCACCAGAUCCCUUGGCUAGUGCUCACUCCACCUCAAGCAGAGACAUAAGUUGUCUUCACCUACCAAUACACGUCUCUUUAUUCUUUCUUCCAACCCUCAAUCUUUCUUGACAGUAGAAAACAAGAGGGAGAAUCAACACCCAUUAUUUUCUCCAACCCAUUUUCGGAUUCUGUUUCCUUUUGUUGAUAUUGGGGUUUCUAAAGUUGCUGUUUUUCUUUGAUUCUUGAUUGAGUAAUGAAUUUGGAGUUCUUGCAAACAGUAGAUACCCAGAUUCUUGUGAGUGUAGCUGUGGCUAUUGUGGUGGUUGGUGUUGGUGCUGUCUUCGUGUUUUCGUCUAAGAAGCCCAAAGGCAGCUUUGAUCCUGAAAAAUUCAAGGAGUUUAAACUUGUCAAGCGCACACAGCUGAGCCAUAAUGUUGCGAAAUUCACUUUUGCACUUCCUACUCCUACAUCGGUUUUGGGCCUUCCCAUUGGACAACACAUAAGUUGCAGGGGAAAGGACGGCCAAGGUGAAGAAGUUAUUAAACCUUAUACUCCAACUACCUUGGAUUCUGAUGUUGGACAUUUUGAAUUAGUUAUUAAGAUGUACCCUCAAGGAAGGAUGUCACACCAUUUCCGUGAGAUGCGUGUCGGUGAUUAUCUUUCAGUGAAGGGACCCAAGGGUCGUUUCAGGUAUCAGCCUGGUUCAGUUAGAGCAUUCGGGAUGCUUGCAGGAGGAUCUGGGAUUACUCCAAUGUUCCAGGUUGCCAGGGCCAUAUUGGAAAACCCAAAAGAUAAGACAAACGUACACCUUAUAUAUGCCAACGUUACCUACGAGGACAUUCUUCUUAAGGAAGAAUUGGAUGGCCUUGCAGCCAAAUACCCUGAUCGCUUUCAUGUGUACUAUGUUCUGAACCAGCCUCCUGAAGUGUGGGAUGGUGGUGUUGGAUUCGUGUCUAAAGAAAUGAUUCAAACGCACUGCCCUGCACCAGCAUCUGAUAUCCAGAUUUUGAGAUGUGGUCCUCCUCCCAUGAACAAGGCUAUGGCUGCUCACAUUGAAGCUAUUGGCUAUGCACCUGAGAUGCAGUUUCAGUUCUAAUCUUUCACCAACUCUGUCAUCAUCUGUAUUGGCUAUGAACUCUUUGAUUGCAUGGUUGUAAUAAGGAGAUUUUAGUCUUUUUGGUUCUGUAUUUUUUGGAUCAAAAGGAUCUUAAUGGGAAACCUGAGCAUUGGAACAAGUAAAUCUAAUAGCAUUCUUCCUAAA